UAGAAGUGACGCCAAGGAAGUACUGUAGCAGUCAGUUAGUUUCUCGACGCGUGCUAUGGCAGUGUCGGACCGCGACACCAGCUGCGACGUCCAGCACGACGAGAACGACGAUAUGUUACGCUUGCGUUUCGUCGGACGACGAGAUCUCACCGUUCCAGGCAAAAUCAAAGAAGAAAACAUCAUGAGCAAAUUCGGCACGGUACGAGGCGUGAGAAAUCGCGUAAGAGCUGGUAUCGCGAGCUUCUCGGGAGGUGCAAGACGGAGCAAGAAGUUGGCAGACGAACAAGGCAAAAUUGUUGUUUAUACGACAAGCAUGACGGCUGUGAGGUCGCGUUUUGAGCAGUGUUCGUAUGUGAAGAGAAUCUUUACCAAUCUGAGAGUGAAGGUUGAAGAGAGAGACGUCUUUAUGAAUGCGUACUAUCAGUCUGAGUUGGAUGAACGUGUUGGACGUGGAGCUACUGUUCCUCACGUGUUCAUCAGUGGGCAACAUGUAGGGGGGGUAGAGAAGGUGGAAGAACUCAAUGAAACUGGUGAGUUAGGAGACCUGGUGGCUGGUUUCGAGCAACUUGAUUCCAAUUCUUCAUGUUCACUAUGUGGUGGCCACCGCUUCAUCGCCUGCAACCAAUGCUCAGGUAGCAAGAAAGGUGUCCGAAACUCAUUCACCGUUCUACGAUGUACAGCGUGCAACGAAGCCGGCCUCAUGAAAUGUCCCGAAUGCAACACGCCGCCGCCCGAACAAUCUUAGUCCCUACAUCUGAUAUUUAACACAAUCACAUUCAAGACGACUUAUUUUUGUUAUUAUUCUAUUGACUUUUUAGUCCAAUCAAAUAUCAUCGUUUCUAGGAGUCGACAGUGAUGACACUCGAAUGAUCAUUAGGUACACAAUGUAGCCACAUUGUGCGAUAGUUAGUGCUGUGUAUACAAAUCUUGAAAUUGAUAUCAAUAGAAAAUAUAAAAGAAAAAAUGCAA